CUGGAAACUAGUCUGUUUCAAAAACCUGAUCAGCGGCCACUGCCCGUUACCUAGCAACCCACUUAGCAGUUUGGUCAGUGGGUUUUACGGCAUUAUUCGCUGGACAAGACAAAUGCUCUGUUAGCAUACCAUUAAAAAACCGCUGAAAAAUUUGGUUAACUUCUUAAGUGUGAGGUUUGACAAUAUUAUAUGCAAUAUAUAAUUUUAAUAUUUUUUUCCCAAGAGAUUGACUGACAAACAGCGUUACCGUAGCAUGGUUAGCUUAAUCGGCCAGUUGGAAGCUCAGAUAUUAGUUUCUAAAUUUACUUAACACCAAAAUAGCCUAUCAAUAGACUAUACCAGGUCACAUUGACCAUAACACUGAUGAGGAAGUUACGGCAGUGUUUCCAGAUUGAGUUGGAAAAAAUAAGCUUCGGAGGCAGCUCCAUGGGGGCCAAGCAGAGCAAAGGCCAGGAGCCCGGCGGGGCCAGUCCUCAGCACAGCUGGAAACGGACUCCCACCAAGGAGAGGGGGGACAUUUUGGCCUCCCUGAUGCUGAAGUCUGGAGACCGGCUGAACCGAGCGGGGACGCCGCCACCGCCAUACCAGCGCCGGAUUGGGAUGAUCCAGGAGAUGAUGAUGAUGGCCAAGCAGGGCAAGCAGGACGAAGCCACGGAGAUGCUGAAGACACUCAGACAGGAUCUGGGAAUGGAGUCAACGUCUUUGGAUGACGUCCUGUAUCGCUACGCCAGCUUCAGAAACCUGGUUGACCCCAUCACACACGACCUGAUCAUCAGCCUGGCCCGAUACGUCCACUGCCCCAAGACGGAGGGAGACUCUCUCGGGGCGAUGGAGAAGGUUUGUCGUCAGCUGACGUACCAUCUCAGCCCCCACUCCCAGUGGAGGAGACAGGGACUGCUCAAGAGGAAACCUCAGGCCUGCCUAAAGGCGGUGUUGUCAGCCCCGUUGUCCAGUGGUGCCCUGGAUCUGUCUGGCAUCCCUCUAACGACUCGCGACAUGGAGCGUCUGUCUGCACACCUGCAGCGUCACGCGUCCAUCGUGGUCAGCUUGGAGCUGGGCUUCACCGAGCUGACUGAUGAGGCUUUCCUCCAGCUCCUCCCCACGCUGGCUGCUCUGCCGCACCUGGAGACGCUGGCUCUGAACGGAAACAGACUCACCAGAGCUAUUCUGAAGGAGCUCACCGAUGCCCUGAAGGAUCCAAGCAGUUUUCCAAGUGUGACAUGGAUUGAUUUGGGGAACAACGUGGACAUCUUCUCCUUGCCUCAGCCCUUCCUGGUCAGCCUGAGGAAGCGCUGCCCCAAGCAGGGCAACCUGCCCACCAUCCUGGAGUUUGGCGAGAGUCAGGCCAGCGACCCUCCCGAAAGGCUGAGGGGUGUCGGAGAGGAGGAGGAGACGGACGAUACCAACCUGACUGAGAGCAUGGGCGAGCUCCGAUCGGAGGUGGAGGAGGAGAUGGACGGAGAGACAGAGAUCGAGGAGAUGAUGGAAGAGCUGCUGGACUUCGACAGGGAGAUUCAGGGCAAAGACGACGAGGAGGACAGCAUGUGGACGCUGGGGGAGCAGCGGAGAGCGACAGUGAGGAGCAGGAGAGCGUGGCGAGAGGAGGAAGAGAAGGAGAAGGAAAAAGAGAAGGAGGACCAGGACCAGAGGAAAGACAUAAGACCCGGGAGGAGGGCGGUGAUGGCGGAGGACGAGGACGACACACAGAGCCGUUCAUCCCGUCUGUCCUGCUCCAGCCAGUCCCAGCACUCCUUUGCUGUAGUUGAGCCAGCGAGAGUGGAGGAGGAGGACAUGACGGACCAAUCAGAACAUUUAACCUGAGUGCUGCUCCCAGAUCUGCUUGUGUUUUCCUUCUUGUGUCCCGUCCUGUGUGGACAGAGGUGAUGGGAGUACAGGCUGCAGCGUUGCAUGCGGUCUUCAUGAAAAAGCCCCCGCUGGUGAUUUAUGACCAACCGAUCCGAUACGCCUGAGGAUGCACAGAAUAGAGGCUCAAUGCAGAAUGUUGAUCCUGAAUUAGGUCCUUCCUUGUUUUAAUCGUGCUAAUACCUACAUGUGCCUGUCGCACCUCUGUUUGCUGGUUCAAAAUGAGAUGAAACCAAGCCGGAGAAACUUUUCCCUCCACCAGGAUCAGAAGACGAGCAGAAAUCAAAAGUUAAGCCAUCGGCGUAAAUCUGCUGCUGCAGUCAAACCAAACAGGUGCGCAGUGUUUCACAGGCGGAGAGCAAACCAGUCGCCAUGAAGAAGUUACAAAAGAAAACUUGCUAUUUUAAACUGAAUGUGUACAGAGGAUAGAUGUGCUAGGACCGGCCACAUCUCCGAACAUGAAACAUUUAGAAGUAUUUUUCCUCAUGAUCUAGGUCAUGCUUUUACUCCAUGGCUCAGUACGCGAGUGUGCGUCACAUGCUUACAGCGCUGUGUUUAUAUAUAGCCCCCGCCGCCCCUACGGUUGCACUCAGGUAGCAGUAUGUAGCUUUCCCCCAGCUGUGCUUUCCCUCCUCGCGUAACAUCAUGCAGAACUUUAACAGAUAAACUGUAUUUUUGGUUGUACUAUAAAUAUCAAAAUAUAUAUAUAAGAUGUUUGAGGAGAUAUCUCAUAGCUUAGUUCUGAGGUUCUGACAACCAAGAGCUCAUAUUUAGUACUAUUGGAGUCUGGAGCAGCAAUAUUUAUGAGCUAAACUAGUCUAUUAGAUAUUUUAUAAGGGAACAAGUUGUAUUGUUGCAAAGAGACAUACCUAGAUAUAUAGAGAAAUAUAUGAGAAUGAAAACGUAGCUUCAUCCAAAUGCAGUAAAUAUGUACAAAGUCAGAUGUUGCCUCGUUCACAAGUGGAGCUGAACAACCAGGUAAUCAAUCAGCAACACGUCAUACUGUGUUGCCGAGCCACAUGUAAGGAAGUCAUCUUAUCGGUUUGACUAAAAAUGUUAGUUUGCCUCUUUUAAAAUUCACACAAACAUUUGGUACAUACGCAUUACCGUUUCUUCCCUUCCCACUUCGUAUCCAUGUACUAAACCGUGAUGUAGGAGUUUGUUUUCCAUUGUACAAUAAUUGGAGUCUGUGGUUCCAAAAAUGCUCAAAUGGUGAAUAUAAUUUAAUCCAGUUCUAUAUUAUUAUAUGACAACUGUAUUUCACUCUAUUUAAGACUGUAGACUCUUAUCAAAUAGGACCAUUUAUGACCCCCAAGCCAACUACAAUAACUCUAAACAAUCUUUAAAUUUUAUUAUUGAAAUGUUUGUUGAGUUUUAAAGAGGUUUGAAACAAACAACGUAAGAUGUAACUAAUAUCACAGACUAAACAAAGCAGCAUAUACACACCUUUCAUAACAAAAUAUGAAUACAUUUACAUCCCAUAAAGACUAAAUCUUGUUCAUUAAAAACAAAAAUACAGACCGGCAUGUAUGAGUCCUGUCAAUCAUGAAAUUUGGCGGUCAACAACUCAAAAGAUGCAAACUCUUGAAUCUGCAUCUUUUCGUCUACCUUCACUUUUCCGUUUUCGAAGGAUUCCUCCAGCAGCUACAAUGAAACUAGUUAAUGUUGGAGCAAAUGCAUGUUUAGAAACGUUUGGCAAUCAUGACCUGUCUACCAAAAAAAAAGCCAAUAUCUUUCCAAUCCGGUAGAUUAAAUAGCAUGAAGAAUAACUUCCAUCAGUUGUUAAACCCAGUAGGAAACUUUCCUUAGUGAGUAUUAAUUGACGAAUAGUCGGUUCAAAACAUGCUGAAAAUUUUAACAAAGCUGCAAGCUCUUAUCAAAGCUUGCGAUCCAAGCUGCAUAACCCAGCUGGACCACCACUGGGUUAUGCAGCGAUCCAAGCUGCAAAGACACAAAAUACUAAAGGGACAAAAAAAAAACAUAAUACCUAUUGAGAAACAAAUGUAUCGCAUGUAUUCGUUUUCAAACAGACUACAAAGGGAAGGUCAGUAAACACAUGGGAGUUAGGAAGUCUGUGCUACAAAGUGAACUGUGAAGCCGGAACAAAAAGUUUUGUGCAGCUUUCGACAUUAGCUUUGAAUCUGGUAUUUCUAAACUUCAACUGAAACAUCAGAGAAAAUGAGAACCUAGAGAGAAAUAUUUAUUCUGUAGUCAGUACCUCUUAUGUUUUGUGAUCUUAAAGGUUCUGUUAGCAUAUAACUUUCUGCUAGCGAAUGAAGCUAACGGCUAGUCCAAGAAGGGCCGGCUUAAAACUGCUCCAGUUUUAAAAACAUCGUAGAGAUUUACACAAACACUGUUUUAUGAACCUUUGAAGGUAGAUAUUUUCACUGUUAUUUAUUUAGAUGAAAAACUAAACUCAUACUUACAACACAACAUGCACAAAUUUUUGCCUUUUGUACCACUUUCCUCUUAUAUCAGACAGUUAUUCUGACCUGAAAACUUUUCCAUAUUCCUUUCUCAUUGCAUGUUUCUCUCAGGAGAAUCACUGUUGACAUUCAGCUUCAAUCCUCCAUUUGCUGUGUGAAUAACCAUUGGCUCCUCUGCAAAUAGCCUUCCAAAGUAAACAUCUUAACAGUUUAAAGGUUUAUUAAAUAACAUUUUCAGAAACCUAAAAAUGUAAGAAAUCAGUUUUGGUCUUGGGCCUUCUCAGACUAGAGAUUAACUUUAGCCAGUGGAACGAUCCAAGCUAGAUGCUAAAUGACGAGAUCAAGUCUUAAUCAUAAUACUGAUGAAACAAUAACAGCAAGCAGUAAAAAAUAUCAUUUUUAACUGUGUGUUGUUGAUUUUGUGCAGAAAUGCAAGAAAUGGGAAAGUAAGUUCUUGAAACAAUCAAUAGUAGAGAAUCCUCUGACUAAAAUUACAAUUAAAAUUUCAGUUUCUUCAGAAGUACUUUUUAUCUAAAAACUGAAAAAAUGCCAUUCAGAUUUUCAAAAGUAAAUGUUUUUUUGGCAAACUGUCUCACUAAACAGAAAAAAAAAACACUUAAGGAGCACUAAGUUUAUCCUUGGAUGUAAAACUAAAAUUAUAAACCUGAGUUUGCAAGGAUUUGUUUGAGAGCUAUGUAUAUUUUUGGCUCCCGAUAAGGCAGCUUUUAGGUCAUGCUCAAUGUUCACCUAAGAAGUUUGAACUGUGCCUAAGAACAAAUGCUUUGUGGUUAUCCCUAUGAGUUAAUAUUUUUCAGCACAUUUCUCCUUAUUUGUUGGUGAAAGAUUAAAACUAACAAAGACAACAGAUUUAAACUGAGAUUAAAACAGUUUGCAGAACAUUUUCUUGUUAAGUUAAAUAUUUGUUUUAGACUAAAACUAAUAUAGCUGUUUGAAGUAAGUCCUUUUAGAAGCAGGACAGAUGAGAUGGGAUCAUUUUUCCUGCCUUUUUUGCUUUUUAAUUUAUCAUUUUUCAUGUUUUUCAUUUGUUCAAAGCAGUAUUGUUGCUUGGGUAAUGAAUAACUGCAUACAAAACUAUUAGAUUUUGUGCUUCUUUCUGUCUACAACAGUAAAAUAAUUUCGAUGAGUAAUCCUGCUAACUUCCAGCAGGAUGACUUGCAUGACUUCUGUAGUCCAGGGCUGGCAAGUCCAGUCUGUCAGAGUCCGCAACUUUCAGAUGUACCCAUGUCUCAACACACAAAUGGCUGAAUGCUCUCAUCACCAUGCCAUUCAGUUCAUUCAGGAUGCAUCUAACCGGGCAUCCCUGGGCACAAAACCUUACCUGAUGAGCACUUUACACUUUACAGCGCCUAUGUACUCCUAGGUGCCUGCUUCCUAUUGAAGACCAACCCAAUCAAAGUCCCCAAUCCAAUGAGUGCUAUCAGUUUAGACAUUAACGGACCCUCUUAAUGCCAGUUUCUGCAGAUCUAGGCUGACGAUGCACCACCUGUCGGACUUUGUUCUGCACUUAAUUCUUGCUUGUGUUGCUGCUUCCCUCUGCUGAGAGCAGAUCUUCAAUGUGCCUCUGUUGUUCAUUUUGACCCGAUGUUGCAGUGCAGUCACGUGAUGUUCGAGUGGAACUAAAUAAAAAGGGGAAAAGAUUAUUUUUUAUUUUCAUCUAGAGUCAACAGUUUCUCUCAGCUCAUACUUUCUCUCUUGUAAAACUUGCUAACGACAUCAAUCACUGACAACACAACUGCAGUUAGUUUCUAAUAGAUUCAGCCGCGUCAUGAUAAUGGCAAAUCAAACUGUAGCGUCAGUCAGACAUUAGCACGCCAUGGUCUCUUUGAACCACCACAGCUCCAGAUGUUUUCUAUGUUUAUGACUUCAGUCUUAAGUGAUCAAACAAUGGGCCAAAUGACAUCACUUAAGGACAUUUAUCAGACUUAAAACACUUCAGUAGAGAGAGAAAAAAAGGCCGUACAGUGCCAGUAAAAGGUUUUCCGACUCUUUCAAGGCUUCUUAUUUUACUGUGUGUUUAAUAAGAGGCUCGGUGAACACUGAACCCCAUGCUGACCAAUCAAAGGCAUGUUUCUGGAGUGUUUUAUUAAUCAAGUCUCAGUUAUGUGAAAUAGAGAGGGGUUUUUACAAAGCGCAGACACGGGGAGGAAUACUGGAAAACUGUGUAACGCUUAAUGUGUGCAGCAUGGGGAUAAAUAUUGACAAUAACCCAUUUAAUUUUGAGACAGUGGGGUGUUUCUUUAUUGCUCUCAGCAGGAUAUUCCCAGAAUCGGAUCGUACCAGAAGUGCCGUAAAUGAUCAUCAGGCUUUAAAUCCUUUUACCUGAUGUAAUUCAAACCAGAAUCUAUUAAACCCAAAUUUAAUUUAAUUACCAGGUGGAUUUUAGAAAAAGGUGGAGAGAGAAAAUAUUAUGUGGUUGUUUUACCAGUAUCACACUAUUGCGUAGUUCCUCUUUCAAUGCCAUUGUGAUCAGUAUUCUGAACAAGUCAAACAUUGUGGUCACCAUCUGAUGCUCUGUACCAGAUUGCAGGAUAAGGAAAAGCAGUAAAACAAAACAGAAAUAUGCAACAGUGCAGAUUAGUUUCGACAGACAAACUUGAUCACUGGCACACACACACAGUCAUAGUUGAUUACAUUUUUAAUCACUUUUUAUCUUAUUUUUCCUAGAUAGAUUCGAAAAACCUCAGAGAUCUAAUGAUCCUCACAUCAUGAGGCAAUGUUUUCCACUCAUUAGUAGCCUUUACAGAAAAAGCCAAUUUCCUAGCAGUACGGUGAAAUGGGAUGCACAUUUUCUCCCAGAUGAUAUUCUCACUGAUUGAAUCAUUUCUAAAGGGCGAGUAUGCAUAAAAUCAGACAGCGGAGGAAAAGCCAGAUCACUUACAAAUGUAUAAACAAGACACAAAUUACAAAAUAAGCCAACAUUUUUACAGCUCAUAAACUUGUAUUUUUCUGGAAUCCUACAGUGGUGGGAAUGCUGUGACUUUUUAGUCAAGGCUUUUAGAGUCUGUUUAAAUUAAGUCUGCAUCCAGUGAGAAACCAUUUCUAAUACGUUUACAUUUUUUAAGAUUGAGUUUUACUUCCAUAUUCAGAUUCUUACCUAAGACUAAUUAACCUAAUAGUCAAGUUUUUGGACUGUGGGAGAAAACUGGAGCACCUAGAGAAAAUCUAUUAUAAUUUUGUUAUUCCCUUUCAACUUUAUUUUUUGAAUUUUAUAUUUAGUUAUUUUGUUAAGCAGGGACAAUUAGUUACAAUAAAAAUAUUGGUGGUUUUAAUAAGAAAAGAAAAGAGUCAUAUUUUCAUGGAGCUUGAGUUCUUUCCCCUUUGUCCUCCCUGGGUAAACAUUUAGUCAUCACUGCACUUUACAAAACAUUAAGCUGAUCCACAUUCUCCACAGACAUACCUUUGAUGUUCCACAAAAUUAGCAACAUUUCCUCACAUUAGACCCACAGAUAUGCAUAUAUGGCAUAUAUGGCAAGUCGACGAGACGGAGUGACGGCAGUUUUGCUGUGAGGGCUCUCAAGGUUGGGUUAUCUUAGGCCAGGAAAACACACCUGAAAAACAACCAGGACUUAAAAUGGCCUUGAAAAAAAAUCAGUAGAAACCUUGGAGAUAAACACACCUGAGUCUGGACCUUUCCCUGGAAGGGUCGGAAAACUUUUCCUUAUCACAGAUGGAGAAGACAGCCAUAAAUUAAGCGUCAUAAAAUGACUUUAAUGUAGAACUGAGCUUAGAUUUACCAAAUACUCUCUACCAAAGUUAAAUAUAUGUUUUCCCUCUGGUAAAGCCUUACAAAUUCAUCCAGAACCGUCCGGUGGUUGAUUUUAACCGAAUCUUCAUCUUAGCUGUUCAUCAGUGACAGGAUGACAUUUUUAUGGACAGCUGGUUAAUGUUUGACCUCAUUGAUACCAGCAGGAUAUUAACAGCUUUGCACAUCCAACUAAUAUCAAA